AUGGACAUGAAGAUUCGUGCUUGGCCCGUAGUGAUCAUGCCUAGUGCUUGGCCAGGCACCUUGAUCUUCAGACAUACCUACCUUGGGGCCUCCUCGGAGAUGGGCAUCAACUGUGUGGCCGAAGCUGGUGCUCGGCUGGCUGCGGAAAGCAAUCUCAUGUCUGGUCAGGAGCGCGUUCCAGCGGGAAUUUCUCUGCUUCCGUCGCUGACGGUUCGAAGCCUACCUUUAAGCGUCAACAGUCCUACACUUUCAAGCCCCACGCUGAGCUUUGAGCGGGACAGAGCGGAAAGCCACAUUGGAUUGUUUGCAGCACAGUCUUGGUACACCAAGGUCAGUUCUUCGUUGCAGCGUGGCAUCAAGGAGAUGAGGAAUUUCCGCACCAACGAGCGAGCGUUGGACAUCCGCCGGGAAUUCUCCAAGGGCCAUGAGAGCUACACGGUGAGUAAAUCCAUCCGUGAACAUGUGCCACGGCUGCAAGAGAACCGCUCUGCCUUCGAGAAGUACCGCAUCAUCCCAAGGGUGCUGGUUCCUGUCACGCACCUUGGUUUCCAGCAGUCAAAAGUCAAGAAUAGAUCGGUUGACAUGCGCUGCUCUUUCUUCGGGAUUGACCUGCGCUUCCCGGUGAUGAUUGCACCAUCCGCCAUGCAUGGCCAGGCCCAUGAGGACGGUGAGAAAGCCACUGCUCGCGCUGCGGUUCGUGCUGGGUCGGCUUUCACCCUCUCCUCUCUGGGAUCCAUGUCCAUGGAGGCCAUCGUCAAGAAGGCAGAGGCUCUUGGCUACCGAGCCCUUUGCCUCACGGUCGAUGCACCUAUCACAGGACGGCGAGAACGAGACCUGCGAAGUGGCUUCACGGUGUCUGAUGCUAUGGGGCAGCUGCCAAAUAUCCAGAUGUUGGGCAAUGUGGUGAAUCAGCAGCUGGUGGAGUUUGAGGCCCAGAAGGACCUCACACUGGACUGGUCUAUCAUUACCUGGCUGAAAUCUAUUUGCAACCUGCCAGUCAUUGCCAAGGGAAUCCUCCAUCCUGCGGAUGCUCGGUGUGCCAUCAAAGCUGGGGCAGCAGCCAUUGUGAUCUCGAACCACGGAGGUCGCCAGCUGGAUAGUACACCUGCCACCAUUGAUGUGUUGCCUGCCAUUGCAGCAGAAGUCCGGGGAGAGAUCCCCAUUUUCCUGGACGGUGGCAUUCGACGUGGCACGGACGUGUUCAAAGCCCUGGGGCCCGGGGGCCCAGCGGAGACGGCCCAAACCGAAGCGACCGAAGCCACUUUCGGGAGUUGCGGAGGUUUUUGA